AUGAACGGCUUGGCGAUCGACCCCUGGAUUUCUGCCUUGCCCAAGGUGGAACUGCACGUACACGUUGAGGGUACAUUGUCUCCAGAAUUGCGAUGGAAACUUGCCCGUCGAAACAACGUCCCUUUGCAAUACAAAACGUACGAGGACCUCCUCGACUCAUAUAGAAUAACGUAUAACCACCGACCUGAGCUUGUUCCAGAUGGCCGCCCGACCUUCUUUCAGGCCUACUUCGGCGGCUGCCAGGUCUUGUUGGAAGAAGAUGACUUUUACGAGCUCGGCAUGGAGCUGCUCGCGCGAGCGAAGGAGCUCAACGUCCGCUAUCUGGAGCCGUUUUUCGACCUACAGGCGCACACCCGGCGCGGCGUCCCGGUUGAGAAGAUCCUCAACGGGUUUCAUCGUGCGCAGCUUGAAGGAGUGGCGCAGCACAGCGUGCACAGCAACUGGAUUCUCACCAUAGUGCGAGACGAUCCUGUCGAGGACGCUGUUGCUGUGUACGAGGCGGCACGUCCGUGGGGACGUAUGCCAGGGGGCAAAGGCCUAUUUCACUCGGUUGGGUUGGCGAGCAACGAAUACGACCGUCCGCCGAUGCUGUUCGAGCAAGUCUUCCUAUGGGCCAAGAGAGACGGACUGAAGGUGACGGGCCAUUGCGACGUGGACCAGAAAGAUCAUCACGAGCAUAUCCACGAGAUGAUAUUCCAAGUAUGCGGCGGCAAAGGGGCUGAUCGGAUCGACCAUGGUCUGGACGUGUACUCGCAGCCAGACCUGAUGGAAGGACUGAAGGCGAGAAAGAUCGGCCUGACACUCUGCCCUCAUGCAUACAACCGACGACAGGCCACAGAGGUAUUGUUUCCAAAAAUUCGGAGGGUGUUUGAUAACGGGGUCAAAUUCUGCCUGAACAGUGACGAUCCGACAUAUAUGCACGGCGUCUGGAUCGACGGAGCGAUGCAGAAGGCCUAUACCUACUGUAACUUCACCAAGAAGGACAUGGUUGCACUUGUCAGAAACGGAGUAGAGAUGUCUUGGGCUGAAGAUAGUAUCAAGGAGUCUAUUAUAAAGGAGCUUGACGAGAUACUCGUAUAG